AUGGAUAACACCAACCACGCAGUCCAUGGCAUGGCUGUACCCCCAAGCCGUAUACCUCUGUCCGAGAGGAGCAAUACCACAUCUCCAACCUCGGCUUGUUGGACACGCAAAGACUCGGAUGAAUUAACGCGUAGCCAGCACAGUUCCGUUCUGGAUGCUGGCUGCAUAUCUGACAGUCAAGUAGUCAAAUUCAGAAAGGUGUCUCCCCGGCCAAUCAAGAUCCCUCCCCCGAAACAUCCUACCCAGAUCCGGCUGGAGGACUUGAGAUCAGAGUCACCACUCACCCGUCUAGAGUCGUCAACUCCUUUCCUCUACGGCCAGGGCACGGAACUCGAUCCGAUAGCCGAGCAACAGAGUAUCAAGACCCUACGUACAGCCAGCUGGUCGACGUCAGACCUGUCUUCCGUCAUGCAUGGCGCCCCUGGCUCGUGCAACAACAAUGCGGACGGCAACAGAACAGGGAACGGACUGCUGAGGCGGAAGAGAUCCUUCAGCCUCGACGACCUCGACGACAUAGAGAGAUGGCAAAAUAUGCGAACAGCAACGUUCAGGCUCUCGCCCAUCCCUUCGACGGGGUCCCCGAGCGAGGAAGUGUACGCCAUGGACGAAAGUACCCAUAAGUACCCGCAUUCACCCCCAUGCUCGCCACCUGCCAUGAACCGAUCCCUCGAAGACAUAUUGAAGCGCAUCAUUGGGUUCGUCUCGUACAGCGAUCUCCAACCCAUUCCAGUGGAGGCCGAAGACAGCAGGGCCAUUUAA